CCAUUUCUCUGAAGACUCCAAAGAACUGACAGCUCUGACCCAUAUACACACAAACACACCGGCUUCCUCUAAAGCUUCAUUAUUUGACUCAACUUAAGAGGAAUCCUACAGAUGGCUCAAAGCCAGCAUGCCUCAUCUGCCUUCCUCGCCUGGUGACGACUUUACUGUGAAUCAUCUGAUGAAACUCUUUUAAAGUUGGUUGUAUAACUUCCUCACGCUCUACUCUUCCAACAUGGACUUUGUUUUGGUUUUUCCGCUGAUGCUUACCUUCCUGUCCGCCGGACAGAGUCACACUGAGUUUACAGAACAACAGGGGAAUUCAAGGCAUGAAAAGUGUCAAUCUGGAUAUUAUAAACCUGAUGGUGAUUGUUCAGUUGGAAAGCUCAGAUGUGAAAAAUGCGGUAAUGGAACAUAUACAGAUAUACCAAACUGUACAACCAAAUGCCUAAGAUGUAAGACAUGUGGUAAUUAUGAGGUGGUAGAAAAGCACUGCUCCUUUAAAAGUAAUGUGGUAUGUAAGUGUAAACCUCAAUACUUUUACAAAAUAAAGCCUUCCAAUGAAACGUAUUCGCAAAAACCAUCAUCAGAGCAUUGCACGGAGUGUACCUAUGAUCGUAAAGAUCUUCAUGAUUAUCCCGACUAUAAAAGACAAUGUACAACACCACCAACUCAAAUUUCAUUUCCUACAAAUUCAUCUGGAGCUACACCCACAUCUGCAUCUGCAUCUGCAUCUACAUCUGCAUCUACGUCUGCAUCUACAUCUGCAUCUACGUCUGCAUAUACAAGAACCACAAACAACACAUCGAGUCCUGUUGUGGAUCUUCAACCUCACUCAGGGAUUGAAACGCCCUGGUUGAUUCUUGUGUUGGUUCUGGUGACACUUCUUGUGACACUUCUGGUGUUCCUGCUGCUCUUCGUCAGGAACCCGUUCAGAUAUCCAGACAGUUGUCUCGGAUAUCCAGACAGUUGUCUCUGCUGGAGUGUGAACAAAGAGCUGGUGCCGCCUGUCGAGGACCCUAAACUCAACGAACAAUGCGAUCAUCAAGGUAGCAGCCCGAACGCACUGACAUUUAACAUAUCCGAGGAAACUCCCAUGAUGACUCUCAGUCCAGCCGCACCUGAACACCUAACCCACAUCACUCCUCUGCUGCCAGACGCUGAACACAAAGCCGCCAGACAAGAGGAGCCAUCGGAGCACUGGCCGGCCAUCGUCCUCUACGCGAUCAUCAAGGAGGUUCCUCUGCGUCGGUGGAAGGAGUUCCUGCGUCUGUUGUCGGUGGCCGACCAGCAGCUGGAGCGGGUGGAGCUGGAGGCCGGACUGGGUCUGGGCUCCAUGGAGAGGCAGUACCAGAUGCUGAGGCUGUGGAGCCAGCGCUCCUCUGCCAGCCUGAACGACGUCUUCUCGGCCUUGCACUACAUGGAUCUGUCCGGCUGUGCCCAGCUGCUGCAGGAGAGCCUGGAGAAGCUGCAGUGAAGGCCUGAACUGAAGCCUGCAGAAGUUACACAGACCAGGGUUUCAAUGGGGACACCUGAGGUAGUGGCUAGAGGGGAGCCCGCAAACUGGGGAAACUCUCUCGAAUGGUUAAGGUUAGGCAUUUACCUCGAAUGGUUAAGGUUAGGGUAGAUCGUCGGGCAGCGAGUCUCGCGAGAGUUUUUGCAGAUCUCA